GUCCCCGAUCACCCGACGAUCGAGCUCCAAGCGCAGGCGCUAGCUAGCUAGCUGAUCGCUAUCGCAGCAGCACUGAAACUAAAAUCCAUCUACUGCCGUGGAUCAGCCAGCAAAGUCAUCAAGCAUGGCGCCGCGGAAGCAGUCGACGAGCGAGCUGGCCGCGCGUCGGACCAGCACCAUGCUCAUGGCCGCGAUCACGGGCGACUGCCAGCAGCUGUCGCGGGGAGAGAUCCUGGCGGCGGCGCCGGCUCACCACCAAGUCGCCAUCGACGUCGUCGCCAGCAGCGACGGCCAGGGGUGCGGCGAUGACGCCGCGCUGCUGGAGGCCGCCCGUCUCGCGGAGGGGACGGGCGGCUCCUCCGCGCUCCACGUGGUGGCUGCCGCCGGCGACGGCGACCGCUACCUGGAGAGCGCCCGCGUGAUCUGCGGCAGGGCCAGGGGCCUCCUGGGCGCGCCCGACCGCAACGGCGACACGCCGCUGCACCGCGCCGCCCGGGCCGGGAACGCCAGGAUGGUCGCGCAGCUCGUCGACCUCGCCGGAGGCGAGGGCGAGGUGAGGGCUCUGGUGCGCGCGCGGAACGGGCGCGGGGAGACGGCCCUGCACGAGGCCGUCCGCUUCGGCCACGCGGAGGCGGGGAUGGUCGGGGCGCUGAUGGACGGGGACAGGGGGCUCGCCGGCGUGGUCGCGGACGAUGGCACCUCGCCGCUCUACCUCGCCAGCUCGUUGGGCCGCCGGAAGAUCGCUUGCGUGCUGCAUCACAAGGGAGACGGUCUGUCCUACUCGGGCCCGGAUGGACAAAAUGCUCUGCAUGCUGCUGUCAUCCACCACAAAGGAAUAGCAAAGUUGCUGCUGGGGUGGAACAAGGACCUUGUCCGCCAAAGAGACAUCAACGGGAGCACACCGAUGCACUUCGCCGCAUCAGCAGCAGACCCGGCGUUCUUCCAAUUUACAAACUUCGUUUUCACCACGAGCAACUUCGAGAGCCAUUUCUUGGGCUCCUACCUCCUACCUCAGGGGUGCAUGACAAGGUUCUACGAGUGGAGGGGGCUCCCGUUCCCCCUGCUGCUCAACGCCGAGCCAUCGCUAGCGUUCCAGCCGGACAUCCACGGGUCGUACCCGGUGCACGUCGCGGCGUCGGCGGAGAGCAUGGUGGCCAUCAUCGUCCUGCUCACGAGGUACCCCGGCUGCGCCGGGCUGCGCGACGCCAGGGGCCGGACCUUCCUCCACGUCGCCGUCGAGAGGAAGCGGUUCCACGUCGUCAAGUUCGUGUGCCACUGCUCGCGAUCUUUCAAGCCGAUGCUCAACGUGCAGGACGAGGACGGGAACACCGCCCUGCACCUGGCUAUCAGUCAGGGGGAGCUGGACAUCUUCAGGUGUCUCGUCAGGAACCGCAACGUCAAGAUAAAUCUGCAGAAUAACCAGGGGAACACUCCCAUGGAUCUCGCCCUGGGGAAAGUCCGCUCGGGAUUUUACUUCGGACUGACUGCACCUCGGAGGAUUCUCGGCAUGCUAACCUUCGCGAAUGCACAGACAUCCAGUGGCAACCGCCGUCGCGAUCAGAUGGAGGAGUACAAUCCAGGUCUAAACGAGGACGAGGAAUCGAGCAAGAUAAAGGACUUCGCGCAGAUCGUGGGCAUCGGCUCCGUGCUCGUCGCGACGGCGACGUUCGCGGCGGCCAUAACCGUCCCCGGGGGCGUCAGGACCCCCGACGACGUGGCGGCGGCGAAAGGCGGCGUCGCCUCGCCACCCGCCGGGACGCCGGUGCUCACCGGGAAGUACGCCUUCGACGGGUUCGUGGUCUCCAACACGCUGGCGUUCAUCUGCUCCACCCUGGCCACCUUCAGCCUCGUCUACUGCGGGGUCGCUGCCGUCGACAUCCAGCGGCGGUUCAAGCUGGUGUCCUUCUCCCUGGCGCUGCUGCUCUGCGCGGCGCGGAGCUUCUGCGCCGCCUUCGCCUUCUCCCUCUACCUGCUGCUGUCUCCGGUGGAGAAGGGGACCGCCAUCGCGGCCUGUGUGAUGACGUCGCUCGCGCUGCUCGACGGGCUCUGGUUCCUGAUCACGAGCUUCCAUGACACGACGGUCCUCCUCAGCAGAAGCGCUAAUCUGACGUUCGUGAAGCUUGGUACCGGAUUCGUCGCCAACAUCAUAUAUCUCUUCUGGCCUUACCUCGUGAUCUUCGGUUAUAUGUCCAUUGAUGAUCUAAAAAACCUAGGGGACUUUUAAGUUUAAACUGAGUUGAACUCUCUACAUACUUUUGCAAGCAGGAGGAUUAGAGGAAUUGACUUAAAAAGAUGGCCUAAGAAGAACUUUGCAACUGGAGUUGCUGUGUUAUCUUUCAUCAUCCUUAUUUGGUUCAUGGAAUCUGUAAGCAUCAGUUGUAUUUUUAAAACAACUAUAUUACAUGUAAUUUAAAGAAUUUUUAUUUUCUUCA